AUGACAGAAGUAUCUUUCGCCAAGUCUUUCCUCGCCGCACUAGAUGGGCGUCCCAUCAAGCUAUCGCCCGACCAUGUCGAAGAUCCCAAGACCUACCAAGCGCGAGGCGCUUACACCCUUCCUAAGAUGCCCAAAACGAUGAGCAAACGCAAAGGCACGAGUGUAACUCCCGGCCAAGAACGAAGCCUCGUCGUAACCGUCAAAUCGCUUCGCAACCCACCGCUUGAUCUGAGACUCUCUUCCCAAACGCUCAAUACUUCGGUUCACGAUAUCAAGGCCUCCGUAGCCAAAGAGACCGGCAUUGCCGAGAACAAGAUCAAAGUCUUACACAAGAAGAAACCCGUUCCUGAUAGCAAAGUAUUGAAAGACCUUGUUAGUGAGGACGAUACUGCUGUUGAAUUUUCUGUAAUGGUGAUGGGAGGUGCUGCUUCCGCUGCCGCUACAACAGGGGGGAAGCAGGACGCACAGCAUGAUGUCGCCCAAGGCCUCAGUGGCGCAGAUGUCUUACAAACAGAGGAUUUCUGGGCUGACUUGAAGGGUUUCUUAUUACAACGGAUACGAGAUGAACAAUUAGCAGCGGAACUUGCGAGUACAUUUCAGGAGGCAUGGAAAACGAAAAGCUGA